CUGUUGAGCUUUGGAAACCCUGAGGCGUGACCAGUUUUCAGCCUUCAAAACCGAGAUGAACUGCUCUUGAGAGGGUGUAGUCAGGGAAGAAACAUGCUCGGUCUCUCUCUCCUGAGCCGGGGACACGGGAAGUUGGUCCAGAACAAACAGAAGUUGGAAGUCUAUUUUGAACCAGAGGACUAUUUGAACUGGAAGUCCCCGGAAGACUAUGUCCUGGUCAACAAACCCCAGGAUGGAGACAGUGGCAGCCAGCCCUCCUGGGGCCUCUUCCUUCCUAAGACUUUCAGCACAAGAAAGGGGGCGCUGAUCCUGUACUCAGAGGGGUUAGCUGUGUCAGUGUGGACACCCAAAGAGAGGAGAAGAGGUCGCCGGAAGAAGCCAGACCUUGAACUGCACACGCUUCAAGACCUCAAAGAAGCCAUCUUGGCUUAUGGAAGGAGACAGAGGGAGCAAGACAGAGCCUGGCAACCUUACCUCUACUUCCGAAGCAAGCCAGAGAGCCAGACUCUACGGCAGAUUCAGCCUGGGUAUUCGGCCAAGAGAUAUCUCCGAGGCCUUUUGCGGACAUGGCCCCCGGAUACCAUGUAUAGGCUUCAGUGUGCAGGACACAUCAAGGAUUCCAUGCUGCUCCAGGACAGUCAGCUUGGGAUAUCCAAGAAUCUCAGGCCGCAGCAGGAUCUCUCCGGUGUUCCCCGAAAAUACCAUCUCCUGCCUGUCAACCCUCCGUUUUGGAUUCAACAGAGACCACCUUAUGAACAAGAUCCGCAGGGCCUGAAGGAAGAGGAAGCUGGCACCGGUGCUCAUGUGGACCAGGGCUCUGCUGCCCAGAACCACAGCAAUCAGUGGACCUACCCGACGCCCCUCAGGAAGCAGUCGCCGCAGGAAGAUGAACGCCAGGCCGAGGAAGCAUUGAUAGAGAGCCACCUCCGUGUCCACAAUGAAAAGACACAGCCAGCCUCCAGGAAGGGCCUUGGGUGUGCCCACAUCAGUCACCUCCAGCUUCCUAGCGACAGAGACCUCUUCACGGUCUACAGCGGUGCCUUCCCAGAACAUCAAGGGAACAUGCAACCCCACAAGGCCAGAGGCAGCUGCUUGUCCCAGGAGUCUCCUGUCAGAGGGUGCCUUUUCCCUCCUAUACCAUCUGCUAUGGGCUCAGAACAGAGAGCCCUCGGGGAAACAAAGAGAAAAAAGGCGCCAAAGGCUCUGAAAUUACCUCCUGUUUCAGAAGAACCACCCAGAGUCUUCAACCCCCUGAGGAGCCGUUUUAAAGCCAAUGAACCCCCAAUGGAGCUCUUCAUUAUCCCAAUGGAGAUUCAUUUCCAUGCCCCACAGGCCCCCAAAGAAAAGGCCUGCAGGAGAGAUGCUCAGCACCCUGAAUCUGAUGCAGAACCAGAAGAAGCCACAACUUUGUGGCAGGCUCCCCUGAAGCGUCUGUACUUAGGAAGGCCAAGGGGGAUAACUGUGCAUCUCCCAGUGGCCAGUUGCCAGGACACACCCCCACCUCCAGGUAGUUCCUUUCUCCCUCCAGCAUCCCAAAGGAACCUCACUCUAAAAGGAAGCAAGGCAAGACACAGGAGGGUCCUCCGCAGAGAGAAAGUCUCUCGGGGAGGAGAUGACGAUAUCCUGAUCCAGAGCGAGGACCAAUCAGUCGGUCUCCCACUCCCAAUUAAAGAACGCAAAAGUUCAAAGAUCCAGAAGGACGUGGACAGCCCCAGGACCUCAGGCUGCAACAGUCCCACAGGUGGCCCAAACGAGAAGGUGCUGCCAGAAAGACCAGAAAACUCCAGAGAUCCCACACUGGGACACUUCUUGCUGAGUACGGAUGGUGAAAACGUCCGCCAGUCUCUCGCGAGACGCGCAGGAACGGAGGUGCUUUCUCUGGGACAAGCAAACACCAAAUCCAGAGCCAAUCUUCAUCGAAAUCCUUAUGAAACCUCCUCACCUCUGACUCAAGCAACAGAGAAUCAGGGAGCCCCACAGUCCCUGGAGGCAGCAGCUCAGAAGAUGGGAGAGCCUCAAAGUUGUAUAAAUGAAGGGCUGAUAUGUUCAAACGAAAAAGAAUUGUACACACGGAAGCUGCACAUCGACAUGACGCCGUUCCUGAAGGAACAUGGAGAUGAAACUGACCCCAACGAAGAACCAGGAGGACCCCACAGAGGGAGUGACGAAGACGGCCAAGACCGGGAGCCAAGGGACAUGACUCUUGACCCCUUCAGUACUCCCGUGGAUGAGAACAACCAGACCCCUGAGGCAGACACCAUGAAAAGCGCGGACAGGGAUCUGCACAGAGGAUCUGCAUCCCCAGAGAACCUGGGGUCUGAGACUGCAUCUCUUCUUCCAAGGAAAAAAAAUAAGAAAACGAAACCCAGAUCGUUCGGCCAAAAGACCUCAGCUGCCGCCAGUCACGGAAAGGAUUUGGUUGACAAGGCAAAGAGGAAGAAAAGAACCAAGACAAACAAGACCAGAGGACCCAAAACAGAGAGAGAAGGAAGGAUCUUGGGGCACGCAGAGGCUGCUGGAGGAAAGUCAAAGGAUUCAAGAACUGAAAAGAAAUCAGAGCUAAUUCCGAGAAAAAAGAAACCAAGGAUCAAAGUGAAAAGGACACAUAAAGAGAGGACCGCGGAGACGGCGGAAGAGCUGAGUGAGCCCAGCGUCGCUAACUCCAAGGAAGCAGGUGGUCACUCUGCCACCGAGGACCCUUUGCUUUCUCCUGAAUUGGAUGCUCUGGAGAGCCAGGUUUCUAUAGACGGAAGAUUGUCACACACACAGGCCACAGAUGUCACUAACCUGGAAUCUGAAAAAGAGAGAAGCCCUGAAGACCCUUCCAAGGCCCUCCUGGAUAAGGCUUCUCGGGACAGAAUUCGCCUAGAGAGGGCAGAGAUGAGGCGGCUGGAGGUGGAGCGGAAGAGAAGGGAGCAGGAAGAGUUGGCCAGGCUCCAUAAGGAGCAGCUGGAGAGAGCGGAGAAGAUGAAGGAGGAGCUGGAACUGGAGCAGCAGAGGCGCGCGGAGGAGAUCCGCCUGAGGAAGCAGAGGUUGGAGGAAGAACGGCAGCAGCAGGAGGAAGAGGAGAGGAAGAGGAGGCGCCAGCUGCAGGUGGCCCAGGAGAGAGCCCGGCAGCAGCAAGAGGAGCUCCGGAGGAAACUACAAGAACUGCAGAGAAAAAGGCAGCAGGAGGAGGUGGAGAGGGCUGAGGCGGAGAAGCAACGGCAGAGGGAACUGGAAAUGCAGUUAGCAGAAGAACAGAAGCGCCUGAUGGAAAUGGCGGAAGAAGAGCGGCUGGAGUACCAGAGGCAGAAACAGGAAGCAGAAGUGAAGGCUCGGCAGGAGGCUGAGGAAAAGAGGCAACAGGAAGAAGCAGCGGCAAGGCUGGCUCUGGAAGAAGCCAUGAAACUUGCCCAGGAGCAAGAGAGGCAAAAAGCAGCUUUGGAGAAACAGCUUCAUUUUCAUCAAGAACUCUUAAAGGAAGCCAGUGGUCUGCAGUGGACACAGAACAUUUCCAGACCAUGGGUCUACUCAUAUUUCCAGUUCCUACAAAUCCCCAAGCCAUAAGGCUAGAAGAAAACAAAAAAGUAAGUUGAGAAUUGGUAUACUUCUCAGAAAAAGCUAUACUUCUAUAAUAAAACUUCAGCAUGAGCUCAA